CAAAAAGACGCUUUCCUCUGAUUUGCCCCCAUGUUCGAGCGCUACCGUUCUGCAAGAAUCAUUCAAUUUAUGAACAAAUAAAAAAAAAACUGCUGUUGAAAACCUGAAAAUUGCUUACUUUACGAAAAUGUCUAAAACCUGGUCGCAUCCACUUCCUCGACGAUCACCGGGCAGUUUCCACGCAAGUCGAGCCCUCAGAAGACCAGCGCCGUACCACAGCAAAGACGAUCGAGGCGAUGAUCACAAACACGGUUUAGACAGAUAUGAAGAGCUUGAGAAAUCGCAAACGUGCCCAACUGUAAAUUACGAAGGGUAUUCAAGUCAAGAACAAGCAAAAAUUGCCAUGCCUUCUGGUAAAGUGGAGGGCGCCCCAUCAGAUAGGCGCAAAGCAUUGUAUCAGAAAUUCUACAGACACUUGCAAGAAGAGAGGAAACCAGCUGAUUGUGUGGUCCUUUCUGUCACCAACGAAAACCCGGAAUACUCCAUAUCACUAGGUCAAAGCUUGCAGGAGCGUGGCCUGUGCGUGGAAAUGCUCUACCUUCAUGCGGAGUCUGGUCUGACUCGUGCCUUACAGGACAUCCGAGCUGAUGGCUCUCCCUUAUGUAUUCUGGUGGAGCAGACAAACAUAGCACUGUGUUCCUGCACAGUUAUCAUAUUUGCACAAUCUCUCAAAAUCCACCGCAACAUGCCCAAAGAUCAGGCUUUGGACUUUGUGGUAGCAGAAUACAGUCAAGGCCUUGAAGUGCGCCCCACAAAGGACCCUGCUGACAUUGCAGCAGAGACCUCCCAAAUGCUGGAUGAUUAUUUGGACAGAGAAAAGCGCAAUCGCCACUAUGUUCCUUCUGAUGUGCGCCGCCUCCUCAUGUUGUUAGCAGAAGGGGUCCAUCUCUACUUGGAAGAACUAGACACCCUCUCAGAGUAUGUUCUGUCCAGGCAGGAGCAAGCUGGUAAAACUGAGAGCGAGGUAGACAGUUUACUACCUCCUGGAUUGGGUAAACCACCUCCUUUGCUACCCACACCAAUGCCCUCGCAGCCUCAGCUGGGCCACUCUUCUCGCACUUUACCAGGCAACCCUCCUCCACUGAUGUCCAAGUCAUCAUUUGGAUCCCUACCCGCACACAUGUCUGGACCCCGCGGCCCUCUGCUGGACACACCCAGAUACUCUCGAGGACCUCCACGCAGAUUAGGGCCUCCAGGACCCAAGGGAGGACCUCGACCAGCUCUUCUCCCUCGGCCAGGUGGACCACUUCCACUGCGACCAAGGGGGGCCCCCCUCUAUGAUUAAAAAAACAAACAAAAUUAAACAUUAUAGUUUAGAAUUUUUUUUUAUUUGAAGUAGAUUAAGAUAUUCUAUGUGGAUUCUCUGGGAGAAUGUUGUCUGUUGUUUUUAGUUUUCUUUUUUCAUACUUUUAAAUAAAUUUAUUUCAUUUUGUUUUUAA